UCGACCAUUAUGAAAAUAACCAUAGAAUUAUAAUUAAUGACUCGUAUCAAGUAUUCACUAUUCAGUAAUACAGUAUUUCAGUUACAGUCACUAGUCUGUACCCACAUAGAUUGUAAUAAAAUAAUAAAAUAUAUUCAAAACAAUUAAUGUUAAGUAAACGAUUAUACUUUAUUCCAUGCUGACAUAGUUAUUAGUGAAAUCACUCCACAGAUAUAGAUAUCUGUGAAUCACUCAAUCACAAAAUUUUAUUAAAUUUUAUUAGUGAUAAACGUAUUACUUAUUUAAGGCUUCUUAUGUUUUAAUAAUUUAAACUUAAAACACUAUCUUUUUUACGAUUUUACCCGUCCUCUUGGUAAUGUGUAGAGAUAUCAAAUAGUAAAUAUAAGUAUACCACAAUACUUUUCUCUAUAAUAUACUUUAUUGACAUUAAAUUGUAUAAUAUUAAAUUAGAGUCUUUUCCUUUAUUGAUUUUGAAGACAAUUAUGAAUGUAUUAAUUUAAAUAGGUUAUAAUGAAUGAUAAUACAUGUUUUGACUAUGAUAAUAUAAUUGAUGAAAUACUGAUGAGCGAAAAGUAUACAGCCGAAAAAUAUUAUAUUGAAGGAACUGAGAAGUCUUCUAAAAAUGCAUACAAGGAAGGUUUUACAAUAGGUUAUCAAAAAGGUUAUGAUAUUGGAUUAGAAAUUGGAUUUUAUGCUGGCAUUUUAGUUGGCAUCGAGAAACUAUACAAGUCAAAAAUAAUUAUACUUUCUGAAAAAGAACUUAACAUUUUACAAAAGCUUUCAAACUUCAUAGAAACAUUUCCUCAGAUAAAUGAUAAAAAUAUUAAUAUCAUUGAUCAAUAUAAUGAACUAAAAGGUUUAUACAAGAAAUUUUGUUUUAAUUUAAAAAUCAAAAAUUUAGACAAAACAAUUCUCAAUUUUUCAAAAUGGAACAAUUAAGAUCUAAAUUAGAAGAAGUUAUCA